AUGCUCAACCUUCUCCUUCGAAAUCAAUUUCAAGUCCUGUUGGCUCCCAUACAGCAGAAUUUAAACUUUCACUACGAAAUUCAUCACAUUUAUGUAUUUUUUACAGAUAGAGAACUAGAAAUUCCCGUUGUCAACAACGAAGAAGUUAUUCACUUAGUAUGUAAGGUGCUAAUCAAAUCGCAAAUGCUGCAUUUCUCCAGCAAUCUCUUCUAUAUAAAAUUAUUUGGAGAGCAAAUUUUGAAGUGUGAUCAGAAUAUGAGGUCUAUUCUGAACAAUUUCGAAGUAGCUAUGAAUCACAUUAUGACUUUAGAUGAAAGCACCAUGAAGUCUGGUGAAUUGGAAGAUGGUAUUACUGCUUGUGAAAUGAUGAAACUUCUAUCUGAAGAAGAAAGAUCUGUCGUCAGAUAUAGUUGCAACCUUGAAUUUGAAAAAAGAAAGAGACUUGUUUCUUUGGUAAUGACAUCCACUGCAGAAAAAAAUUUAGUACUUUCAGAUCAAUCGAAAGUAUUUAUUUGACGCAAUUAAUUAUGAAUAUAUCUGCAUAUAAUCAGUCAAAAGGAUCACAGUCUACAUUUUUGAUAUAGAGGAUGAAAUAGAGUGUUUGAAUUGCGAGUAGUGAGCAUCAUUAGAUUCAAUGAAAUUUGUUGAAUAUGAAAUAGAUGUGUUUAGCCAUCAACUGUAUACAAGAUGGUUUUGAAUAUACCUUUUCGUUCUGAA